CUUUGAAGUUGAAGUUGAUUGAAAAAAAUCUUGACAACAAAGCCUGGUGGUGGUGAGCGAAUCAUGCAAGAGUAUGCAAGAACUAAAUGCUGGACAGAUGCAACCAGAAGACAGAUGCUAAACAUCCUUACAGCUGCAAUGACAGAAGCACAUGUUUUAGUGACUCAUUGUUUCAUCAGAUCAUCCCCUCCUAAAAGCGUCAGAGUGAUGUAUGCUCAGGGGAUCGUUGCCUUAUUUCCUUAUCUGGAAGACCCAUUUUCAAAACAUGAAUAUGAGCUUUACUAUGAUCCAGACAGCGGUUCAGGAUACCUUGCAUGGCGUUUAAAGACCAUUCAAAGAAAAACUGCAGAGGAAAGAGGUGCCUCAGGUAGCAAAUCUCCCAAAAGUGGUGGACCAGGCGAUGGUCACUCCAGGGUUUUCACUGCUGACAAAGUGCUGUCAGAUGAGGAAGUGGAAGCAGCUAUUGCUGUUUUGAAACACUCUGCUGAUGAUGACAUGGUCCGUGAGAAGAUGAAGGCGACCUUCCAUUACCGUCAUUCAAUGGUCAAUGAUGAAAAGAAAGCAACAAAUGUCUUCUCUGUCUUUCCUCGGUUUCUGGACACACCAGGACUGGUAGAACAAGAUUUCAGUUUGGUGAAGGCACUGCCAACAAAUUUUUGGAGAAGUGACCCACCAGUCUCAAAUCCAAGGUCAUAAAGGAAAACCAUGGCCUGGUACCCACCACUGAGCUCUUGGAUUUAUUGCGGAAUGCAGAGUUGGCUGCUGAAGCUGAGAAUGGUAUGUUGGUCCUCUAGGUAACUGUGACAAAUUAAUAUGUUAGUGGGAUGAUGGUAACCUGCAGCUGUUGCUCUGUAGGUUGGGAUAGUGACAUGUCUGCUAUUUUGCAUCUACUACCACCAUCUGCACAAGGACAAAGGAGGCCGGGUACGAUGUCUGCAUCUCAAGCAGUGGAUCACCUCAUCAGAUUUCUAAAGGUUGGAACCAGUGUGCAGCAGCAUCUUGACAAAAUCACACAACGUACCCAGCCCUACCUCCUGGCCCAUGGAUCCAUCCAAAGCAGUAUUCACUCAUUCUUCAUUGUGAUUGACAACUAUGCUAUUCCAUGUAAGGCAACAUGUUCAGUUGGAGAUCUUGAUGAGCUCUUUAAGGCCCAUUAUGUGUUUGGUACGUCAUACAGUGCUCCCUUGACCAACUUCUUCGCCUUUCUCCAAACAACUGUUUACAACAUAGAUGUUGGAGAAACAAAGGAAACACCCAGAGUUGCAGAGUUGAGAGCAAGAAUGCUCCAUUAGUGUGACAUAUGUACAGUAACUUUUCAUGAACAUUUUUAUGCUUAUGAAGUUAUUAAAACUAUGCAAGGUUUUGUUGUUUGAUGUCAAAUAUCUAUGUUAUCUGAAGCCCUUUGACAUAGACGUCUCAUAUAGAGCAAAUGACACUGCUCUCUUUGUUGUCCCAUAUUGCUAUCUUUGGUGAACAUUGUUUUGAAGAUGAUUAAACUGACACUGUUACAGUAAUUAUGUCCCUGGAUCAUAAAGUUGAAUAAAUGUCACUGUGAACUUA